ACAAGCAGGCUGUAGAACGGCAGGCAGGAAAUAAAUAUAUACUCGUUCGCUUACAUUUUCGGAACUCGAACAAAAUGUACUCCAAGAAUAAAUCGAAGGUGCUGCAGACGCUGGAGGAAUGCUUCCCGCCUCUUAGCCACGAAGAGACCAUUGACAUGAUUGCCCAAAUGGUGCGCCAGCCGAAAAGCAAUCCCAUCGAGGCCGGCCUGCGUCUGGGCAAGAUUGACAAGGAGCAGGGCAUUCUGCAUAUGGAGAGCCAAAUGAAGCUGCACGCGGCCAUGGAGCAUUUCGAUGCCACCCCGGAAGCACUGGACAGUGCUCUGCCGGUCAGCGAUAAGGAAAUGAACGAACUGGCCGAGGUUGCCUCAUCGCUGCAUGCCGAGGACGACGAUGACGACGACGGCGAUGACGACAUUGAGGAAGAGGAUGAUGAUGAUGAGAUCGAUGGGGAUGACGACGACGACGAAAAUGAUGCAGAAAAAGAAAAAGCAGUCGAAAGCCUCAAGCUAUAUGAUCAGAACGAUCCAACGAAAUGAGCUCAAAUUGUCAAUAGUUUAGAAUUCAUGCGACGGGUGCCUGCAUUGAGUUUAACACUGGCCAACACAAUUGCGAGUUGUUCAGUUUAUGUUCGAAAAUGUGUAGAAUUUCAAAAUUUGCAUUUAAAUUAAAGUUCAGUUCUCCAUCGCA